UCACAAACUCGUACCCCAGACGCACCUGUACCUCAACCUCCUGUUUCACCUACAAAUACCAUUCCUUCGCAACACAGUGCACAAGAGGGAGAGCUUGGCGGAUCUCCUUCAAGAAAUCAUAACGAUCAAACUGAACGUGGAGGUAUGGUGGCUUCGCAGGUUGAACAGAAAGAAACAGAGAGACCAGAAACAGGAAAUAAUGAUAAAGGAUCCAAAUCUGAUAAUCAACAGAACGCAGUACACUCUGGUACUUCACCAACUUCCAAUACUAAAAGUGAGGACACGGUGUCGGAAAGUACACAAAUUGCUCCCAAGGAGAAUGGUACUCAGGCUGCAAGACAUGCAGAUACCAGUAAUACUGCACAGUCUCAAGGAAAUACUGACACACAAUCUUCACAACCAGUGAAUGGUGCUACCGCUGCAGGGGGUGAAUCAACAAAUAACACAGCUACAGCUACAACCACCACCACCACAACAACAACAACAACACUUCCUCCUGAACUCACAAACAACAAGAAGGGUGAUGCAGACAGCAGCAGCAGUGUCAGCAGUUCUGUGUGGGUACGUGUACCACUACUGAUUGUGGUUACACUGGCCUGUAUUCUUGUGUGCUGA